GGAAAAAAAAUCAUUAGGGCGGGACCUGUACUUUCGGAGUGUUUGAUUGGUAGUUACACCAUGAGAUUAAAAUGCAUCCGUUUCCGGUUGACAAGCAAGGAACUGCCGAGGAUGACCGCUACGAAUGCAGUGUGGAGGCCCCCUCGAAUGUGUGAUGACUACUGGAAUGAAUUCAAUCACUGCAAAAGCCUCUGGAAUCGAUUUUACCAGUACUACACUUUUGGUACGAUCCCAGCCUGUCAGCAGUGGAAGGACGACUACAAAGCCUGUCGAGAAUGGGAGAAGAGACAUAAUGCUGAGGCCAAGGAACUGCUACAGCAAAGUGAAAGAGCUAGGGUGGCAGCACAGAGUAAGUUUGCCCCAGUGUGGAAACUCCGACAGAAGCCCCCUGAAGACUGGCAUUUACCUCUGAACCAGGAAAAGCCCGAGGAACCCUGAAAUCCCAACAUACCAAUAAUGGUCAACUGGACCUCCUAUUUGCCUAUCCUGACUUUACCAUGUAUAUUGUACAUGGUUUAUUUGGUCAAAACUUGAGCAAACAAAAAAGAAAAAAAAACUGUUUGUAUGGUGUAUGUUCCAAUUUUUUUCCCCUUUCUUUUGUAAGUAUCAGUUAAUAGUGCCUUUAUUUACUUCAUCCAUCCCCUAUACUAUUUACCCAGUAAAGGGCUAUAUACAAUGUGUUUUACACAGAACAGGUAAAUUGUAGUAGAAUGUUAUUUCUUUGCUGCACAGAAUCCAUGGACUAAACAUUGUAUUGUGAAGAAAAAAGUAAAGUCAAACAUGAGUGUAAUAUACCAAGAAA